AAAUUUAACAAUAAGAGCGGUACAAAUUCAUUUCAAUCUCAUUCUAUCCCCUCUCUCUAUAUGCCUCACCCACACCAACGGAAAUCACUCGCUAACUCCGGCGCUCUGGACAUCUUCCCUCUUAUCUCUCUGUCUUUCCUGUUCUCCUUCACCCCCUAUUUUCUCACUUCCUGGAGAGGAAAACGGAAAGAUGUGUUGCCCAGGGAAAGCUUGCUGCUGCUGCUUGCUGCUGAUUCUUUUGAUCAUCGCCAUUGGAUUCAUCUUCGGUUUUGGUGUUUUCGCCAAUGGAUUUGAGAAAAUAAAGCAUAGUUUGCACUACGAUGUACCCCGAGAUGGGGUUUUCGCAGGAAGGCCCUUCUAUUACGCACCCGCACCGUUCUAGGGUUCUUCUCUUCCACUCUUUUUAAGAUCUUGUUUCUAGACCGUUAAAUGCAAUUGCUGUUCUUUUUUUCCAUUUUUUUUAAUCUUGGGUAUCGGCUUUCCCAAGAAAGUUGUUCGUUCUAGUGGCACGUGUUCUCUAAUGGUUUGCGUCGGAUGGAUUUAUAAAUUUUUGGAUUAGAUUUAGGAACAUUUGAGUUUAUUUCGACAUUACAAUUGCAUAUAAAUAAUUUGUAUU